AUGGUUCGGAGUCAGCUUCAGGAACUGGCCCGGCCUUCCAGUGCUGGCCUUCCAGGAACAGGCGCUUCCUCCUCUCCGGGCAGAGUGGCGGAGGCUGUGAAGGUGGCCAUUGACGUUGGGUACCGCCACAUUGACUGUGCCCACGUGUACCAGAACGAGAACGAGGUGGGGAUGGCCCUUCAGGAGAAGAUCAAGGAGCAGGUGGUGAAGCGUGAGGAUCUCUUCAUCGUCAGCAAGCUGUGGUCCACGUACCAUGAGAAGAACCUGGUGAAAGGAGCCUGCAAGAAGACACUCAGUGACCUGAAGCUGGACUACCUGGACCUCUACCUUAUCCACUGGCCCAUCAGUUUCAAGCCCGGGAACGAAUUUUUCCCGUUGGAUGCGAAAGGCAACGUGAUUCCCUCUGACGCCGAUUUUGUGGACACAUGGGAGGCCAUGGAAGAGCUGGUGGACGAGGGGCUGGUGAAAUCUAUUGGGAUCUCCAACUUCAACCAUCUCCAGAUCGAGAAGCUCUUAAACAAACCUGGCUUAAAGCAUAAGCCGGUGGUUAACCAGAUCGAGUGCCACCCGUACCUCACUCAGGAGAAGCUGAUCCAGUAUUGCCAGUCCAAAGGCAUUGUGGUGACGGCCUACAGCCCCCUCGGCUCUCCCGACAGGCCCUGGGCCAAGCCCGAGGACCCUUCCCUGCUGGAUGACCCCAGGAUCAAAGCCAUAGCUGACAAGUACAAUAAAACCACAGCCCAGGUUCUGAUCCGGUUCCCCAUGCAGAGGAAUCUGGUCGUGAUCCCCAAGUCUGUGACCCCAGAACGCAUCACCGAGAACUUUCAGGUCUUUGACUUUGAGCUGAGCAGCGAGGAUAUGGCCACCUUACUGAGCUACAAUAGGAACUGGCGGGUCUGUGCCUUGGUGAGCUGUGCCUCCCACCAGAAUUAUCCCUUCCAUGAAGAGUUUUGAAGCUGUGGGUGCCUGCUCUUCCCCAGGCCACCUGCCGCCGUCUCCUGCCUUGUUCUUCCUUCUUCGUGUACGUAGUGUAGUGCGGCCGUGUCCCUCACCACAGGGCAGGCACCUGCAGUUGCCCAGCCAGGGUGUGGCCAGCCUGGCAUUGGGGCCAACGAGCAGUCUCAGUAGAUUGGAGUCUCUUCCCGUUUUCUUUGCCCUUCGUGUCCGGGGAAGAUGCAACCUCCAUACCCUUUCCUGACUAAGUUGAAUCUACAAAGUGAAAACUAGUGCCACUAACAAUGGGAUUUUGGUUGCUUGGAACUGUAGUCCUUUCAGCCAGACUUCUUGCUCAAAUAAAAAGAACUUUUGUGAACUUGA